GAACGAGUGAGGCAAAUUUAUGCAGGUGCGCUGCACUUACUUGCGCAUCCGCCAUAACGGCUUUUCUGAAAGGCAAAACUGACAACUCUCUUCACGCUACUCUGCAUUCUCGCCUAGUACGCUAAAAACAUUCUGACUAGUGAACCGCUAAAAAAUGCAGUCCGGUUGUGCCAAGCUUGUAGAUCCUAUUGAUCUAGAGUAUUUCCUACCACAGAACAAAAUGGAGAAGAAAGUAGAAAAGUGUCCUCCAGAUAUAUUUUUCAGUUUGGAAACCAAUCCUAUUACUGAUGGUUCCGCAUACAUUGAAGUAGGUGAAAUUAAAGUUUCCUGUUCCGUCAAUGGUCCUACUGAGAUGCGCCAAGACAGCCAGUUAGUUGCAGUGCUUAAGUUUGCACCAUUCUUGUCCUGGUUACCGAAAGAUGUUCAAACGUCUAUUGAAAAAAAGCUUAGUCGACUUCUUCUUAGCGCUAUUGAACCUUCUGUCAUGCUUCACCAAUUUCCAAGAGGUAAAUAUGAAAUAGUGACGAACAUCCUGGAUAUACCUUCACAUAAUUCCAGUGGACUAAUAGGAAACUGUUUAGCUGCUGCCAUUACAUGUGCAGGUUUAGCUUUGCUAAACUCAGGUGUUCAGAUGUAUGAUCUUCUAGUAGGAUUAAAUUUGGAUCUCUCUGCUCUCGGUAAUGAAAAUGGACAUCUUUGUGUUGCUGUUUUACCUCGUCUUCGUCAGUUUUCUAUGCUUUAUGCAGUGGAUUCAUGCAUGCCUAACACCGAGUUUCUCAAAAAUUCUUUAAAUCACGCUAUGGACAAUUGUAUUAAACUUGCAGAUGUAAUUCGAAGCCAUCUCUGCGGACAGCUUAAAACUAAAAUAAAAUAAAUAUUUACGG